AUGGCUUCCAAUGCUCGUACGAGCAAAUUAUCAUCGGGUAAAACUGAGCAAUAUGUAUUUAAUUGGAAAACAUUUACGGGCUGGGAUUUCACGAUAGGAAAUGCAGAAACAGCUGGCAAUGUGCAUAUGGCUAAUGUUAUCAAAUUUCGGGAGGCUAUAGCUGAGUAUGCGGUGAAUAUGAAACGAAAAUAUCGAUGUCUGCAAAUCCUUCUAAGGGUAUUCGCUAAUUUGCUAGUGUGUAUUAUGUUAGGAUUUUCAGUUUGGGCUAUCCUGGCUGUGAGCCAAAUAAGAGAAACUGACACAUUCAUAAAGCAAAACGCUGUGUCAAUCACAGUUUCAUUUAUUACGCUGAUAUUUCCAAACUUAUUUGAGUUGAUAGGGAAGUUGGAGCGAUACCAUCCACGUACAGCACUGAGGAUUCAACUGGCAAGGCAAGAAACUGCUGCACUGCAAUAUGUCAGUGGUUUUCGGCCAAUCACUCGCAACAGAACGCUGCGAGAUGUACUAAAGCAUACUGUCUCCGCGCACAUGUCACCGCACACUACACCAGCGCCUCCGUCUCCGUGGACAACAGUUUUUUCUGACUACGGCCCAAUGGGUGUAUCAAAUCCAAAAGCCCUAGUCUCAAAAGACACUUCUCUUCACAAUACCACCAUAGUGGUGACCCAUGCUAUUGGACCAAGUGCUUCUUUUAACAGCCCGGAAUCUAGUAAUUACACAACAUAUACAGUAUCCCAAGUGCAACCAUUUCGCCUGCCAAAUUACAAAGAUAUGUGCUGGGAAACGCAAAUUGGCCAGGAGAUAACAAAAUUAGUGGUGAUGGAUCUACUGAUGACAAUAGCUGCCAUAUUAGUUAUCGACUUCUUCCGGGGCCUUUUAUGUCGUUACUGGAUGAUUUGGUUAGGUUUAUUUUUUGUGCCCAUGCUGCCAAUGAUCAACAACAUCAAAUUGAUAUUACUGAUGUAUAUCCGAGCCUGGGCUGUAAUGACAUGCAAUGUUCCUGCUAGGCAGAUAUUCAGAGCCAGCAGGUCAUCAAACUUCUACCUUAUGCUGCUAUUACUAAUGUUGUUUCUUUGCACAUUGCCUGUGGGAUAUGUGAUUGCAUCCAGGAAACCAUCAAAGAGUUGUGGACCAUUUGGGGAUCAACCGCAUUUCUACAGUGUAAUAACGGACGUGCUACAUGAAAAUUUGAAUGCCUCUUUAGUAGAUGCGAUUAAGUAUAUGACAUCGCCAGGAAUUGUGAUACCAGUCCUGCUUUUAUUGCUGUAA